AUGUUCCAUGGAUUGCCAAGUGAAGACCCCAUUGACCACCUUGAUGAGUUUGAUAGGCUUUGUGAUUUGACAAAGAUCAAUGGUGUCUCUGAAGAUGCCAUCAAGCUGAGACUCUUUCCUAUGUCUCUAGCUGACAAAGCUCACCAAUGGGAGAAGAGCUUGCCCCAUGGCACAAUCACCACUUGGGAUGAAUGCAAGAAGGCCUUUCUUGCUAAGUUUUUCUCCACCGGUCGCACAGCCAAGCUUAGAGGAGAGAUAUCCAGCUUCAUCCAGCGAAACAAUGAGACAUUCGCAGAGGCUUGGGAGAGGUAUAGGGAGAUGCUAGACACAGCUAGCAAUGGGAACUUCCUCAACCAGGAUGUGGAUGAUGGCUGGCAGCUUGUGGAGAACAUGGCCAUCUCAACUGAAUGCUAUGGAGAGCAUAUGAUACAGACUGGAGCUCGACCGCGCACUCGAUCGAGCUGGAAGCACAGAUGA